CCGGGCCCCCUCCUCCGCCUCCCCGCGCCAGGCCGCCCGCCGCGAUGCAGUGGGCCGUGGGCCGGCGGUGGGUGUGGGCCGCGCUGCUGCUGGCGGCCGCGGCCGUGCUGGCCCAGGCGGUCAGGCUCUGGCUGGGCGCGCAGAGCUUCGUCUUCCAGCGCGAGGAGAUCGCGCAGCUGGCCCGGCAGUACGCGGGGCUGGACCACGAGCUGGCCUUCUCUCGGCUGAUCGUGGAGCUGCGGAAGCUGCACCCAGGCCACGUGCUGCCCGACGAGGAGCUGCAGUGGGUGUUCGUGAACGCGGGCGGCUGGAUGGGCGCCAUGUGCCUUCUGCACGCCUCGCUGACAGAGUACGUGCUGCUCUUCGGCACCGCCCUGGGUUCUGGCGGCCACUCGGGGCGCUAUUGGGCUGAGAUCUCGGACACCAUCAUCUCUGGCACCUUUCACCAGUGGAGAGAAGGCACUACCAAAAGUGAGGUCUUCUACCCAGGGGAGACAGUGGUGCAUGGGCCUGGCGAGGCAACGGCUGUGGAAUGGGGGCCAAACACGUGGAUGGUGGAGUACGGCCGGGGUGUCAUCCCAUCUACCCUGGCCUUUGCGCUGGCCGACACGAUCUUCAGCACGCAGGACUUCCUCACCUUCUUCUAUACUCUUCGAGCUUAUGCUCGGGGCCUCCGGCUUGAGCUCACCACCUACCUCUUCGGCCAGGACCCCUGACCAACCAGGCCUGAAAAGAGGACCUGUGGAUGAACAGGAGCGGGCAGGCCCGCACACAUCCACAUACUGGAUCCCUUGUGAAAAGACAGGGACAUACUCACAACAUGCAGAUACUGAGUUCCUGGCAUACAAGCAGGGACAUACAUGCUUAUAUAACCAAACAGAUCCGUGGGAACAUAUGGGACACGCAUUCAGAUACUGAAUCCUGUGUGUAUGGGCGCAUCAUGCAUUCAUACCCAUCCAGAGAGGGCUCCCCACAUAUGCCAAGGGGGCCAGUCAUGUUCAAACACAUAUCACAAGCUUGACUCACUAACUCAGGCCUUUCCAGAGCUUUCCUGACCCCACUCAGGGCUCUGGAGUUAGGGUUGGAGGUGGGUAUUGUAUUCUGCCUGGGUCUGACCCCUCAACCCAGCAGCAAAGGAGGGCCUCGGGGAAGACGAGCUGCCUCUGGAGGCCCCCUUCACCCGCAGCUAUGAUGCUCUUCCCCUUCCUUUCCCUGUCCUCACCAUAUGCCUUACCCCCAUCUAUUCCCCUGCUAUGCAAGUGCCCUCAUGGUCUGGGACCCACCCUUUCAGCAAUCAAGUUGGCUGGGGAACCAGAAGAAUGGAGAAUGCUGAGGUCCAAGGCCUCCUGUCCUAAAUGACCACCUUCCUUCCCUGGGGUAUGGUGGGGAGAUUGACCUCAGCCCAGGGCCCACCACUGGGGAGAGGAUCUGGUGUGUUUAGGUCCAAGGGGGCCAUCUCUGGCCUAGAGAAGGCCAUUUCUACACAUACCCCAUCAUAGUUUCCAGACACUGCCCCUGAUGCAUUCUCUAACCAUUUGUCUGUCUCUUAAUAAAAACCUGUUGAACAGUUCUAUUUCUUUGUGUGUGACAGCAGCAGGACAACCUGCUAACUCCUGGGGGCCUCUGGAAAGGCUUUCCUUUGUGUGACUUACUUUAUAGACAUUGUCUUUGGGCCACACUAGGGACAAUAUACUUUCGUGUGUUCAGUAAUCACUUAGGAGGUGUAUUGAGUCUUUAGGUAACUGGGUCUGUCUCCACAGCUCAGUUCUGGGUUGAGACCUUAGGAUCAGCAUGUUAUUAUAAUAAGAUCCCACAAUUUUGAAUGCUGCACUUGAAAAUCUCACGGAUGGGUGAGGCAGUUUGUGUCUUGGUCUUGCCUUUGCCAUUCUGGGGAGUCUUACCUGGAUGGCCACAGGGUGGCAGUGUGCACCCACUUUUGAACAGAGAGGGACAUAAUCCUCCAUCUUUUUCCUACCUUUCCAGAUUAUGUCCACCCCUCACCAGAGCAAGAGUUCCUCCCCUUCAUGGCCUGCAUUUUCUAGGAUCCUCACUUCUGUGGGGGCUCUGAGGAGUGGGGAAUAAGCACAUUGUCUGAUGUCGGAGGUUGGUAGGAGCAGGACUUGGGUGAAGCAAGAGAGUUGCCUCAGGUGUUUGCCCUCUCGGCACUUACUUCAUCCUGACUGUGCUCUGAGGUUGAAAAAGGCCCAGA